AUGUAAAUUUUAGAUUAGGAUUUAACAACAUACAAACCUCCCUAAAAGCCUUUGAGAAGUUAGAAUUUAUAAAAGUAUUUCUAAUUAAUGAAGUUCAAUUCUAAUCACUAUGAGAUAAAAUUCUUAAAAAAUUUACAGCUUUAUCUCUAUAGCAUAAUAUUUUAGAAAGAAAUACCUAAAGAAUAAUAAAAUGAAUUAAUAAUGCAUGUUUCUAGUUGUUCUUAAUUAAUAAAAAAAAAUGGGAUUAAUAAAUUUUGGAUUAGUGGAUACAAUUUAUGGAGUUUAGAGUAUGUAGAAAAGCCUUUUGAAGUUUAAGGAUGUAAAUAGUUGUAAGAUGUUAACUUUGUUAUAAAACAUACAAAAACAUAUAAUCUUACAUAAAAUAUCGAUCUAAUACCUCGAGAGAGUUUAAAGUAGGCUAUGAAUGCAAUUUUAAGUUAAAUAUAUCAAGAAAGAAAUCUAAAACAGAUUUUUAAGAAGGGUUAAUUCUUUGAUAAGGAUAAGAUUGAGAAGCUUGGUGAUGUUUAAAUUUUAUAAGGAUUUACAAGUGUUCUGCAAAUAGGUUAAAAUUCACCAUUAUUAUUAAUUGAUUUUAAAACAAAGAUAUUAAAUAAAUAAACAGUACUCAAUUUUAUAAAGGAGAACAAGAAAUCAUAAAAUUAAAUUGAUUUACAAUCUUUUUUUGAAAAUAAAACAUUUAUGACAAUUUAUUCUAAAAGAAUGUAUAGAAUUAAAUCAAUAGAUUAUAAAUCUAAUCCAACUAGUAAAAUGGAAGGAACUAAUAUGACAUAUGAAUAAUAUUAUUAUUAGAGAUAUAAAAUAAAAUUGUGUGAUUUAACAUAACCAUUAUUGGUACAUGAAGAUAAAAGAACAAAAUAAUAAAUAAGAUUAAUACCUGAAUUAUUGUAUAUGAUUGAAUUGACAGCAGCUUAAAAAAAUAAUUUUAAAUUAAUGAGUCAUAUAAAAUAAUAAACAACAUUAGAACCAAAAGAUAGAAGUACAAAAAUAGAAACUGAAAGAAAUUUACUAGAAAAAUAUUUUAGUACUCGUUCAAUAAGUUUAUCAAAUAAUUCAGAAACUCCAGCAUAUAAAGCAAUUAAACCAUCCAUAUUACCAGAAGCAAGUAUUAAAUUAACAGAUGGAGCAUGUUUUAAUUUUAGAGGUAAAUUAAUUGAAUAAUCUAAUAUUAAUAAUUGGAUAUUAUUAUAUUAUAAAGAAGAAUAAUAAAUAGCAAAUAUUUUUAUUUAAGAAUUUGCAAAAUCAUCAAAAGAUUUAGGAAAUUAAAUUGCAGCACCAAAAAAAAUAGAAAUGAAUAGUUUAGAUCCUGCUGUAUGGAUAUAAACAUUAAUUAAUCAUUUUAAUAAUAAUAAACCUUAAAUAGUUGUAACCAUUUUAGAUAGAUAUGAAGAUUCUAAACUUUAUUUUGAAUUAAAGAAAUUCUUAAUUUCAGGAUAUGGAAUUCUUCAUUAAAAUGUUGCUAUUUAAACAGUUAAUUCUAAGAAAUUCUCAAAGAUUGCUUCAUCAAUAGUAAAAUAAAUUCAUAGUAAGAUUGGAAAGUAAUUAUGGAAUAUUUAAAAAAUAACUGAAAUUUCUGAUAGAAUUAUGAUUGUAGGAAUUGAUGUUUAUCAUAAAACGUUAAUUAAUAAUUAAUCUUGUGUUGGAUUUAAUGCAUAAUUUGGUUAAUAGAGUGAAAAACAUUUUACAAAAACUAUUAUUGUAAAUAAAGGAUAAGAAUUAAAUAAAGGAGUUGGAUAACUAUUAAAUUUAAGUUUGUAAUCAUAUUAAAAGAUUAAUAAAUAUUAUCCAGACACUAUUAUAAUUUUUAGAGAUGGAGUAGGUAAUUCAUAAAUUGAAAAUUUAAUUGAAAUAGAAUUAAAAGCUAUGAAAUCUGUAAUCUAAUAAACAUAUAACAUAAAAUUACCAUAAUUUGCAUACAUAUUAGUCAAUAAAAGAAUAAGUGAUAAGUUUUUCUCUCCAAAUCAUGAAAGUAAUGGAAUGAUAUUUCCUGAGAGAAUUACAUCUAAAGAAUUUGAUUUUUUUCUUAUUGCUUAAUAAGUUAAUUAAGGAACACCUACUCCUACUCAUUAUACUGUGAUAGAAAAUACAACUAAUUGGAAUGAAGAUACUUUUUGGAGAUUUACAUAUUUUUAAUGUUUUAAUUAUAGAAAUUGGUCAGGACCAGUUAAAAUACCUGCUUGUUUAUAAAAUGCUCAUACUGUUGCAUAUAGAGUAGGAGAAGUUAUCAAAAGUGAUGCCCAUUCAGCUUUAGAAAGUUUAUUGUAUUUCUUAUGA